AUGGCUUCUCAUCGUCACCCGUCCAAGUACCAGCAUCCUGACCGAGCUGUGGAAACUGGCCCACCCGAAAACAGUUGGCUGAUAUACGAUGACGAUGCCGAGUCGUUGGCGGAAGCAGCACAACGUGACGAGAAGCGCAUCGCUAGAGAACAGCAACGUAUUGACGAGGCCACCGCGAAAGAACGUCAGCGAAUUGCAAGGAUGAAGGCGGAAAUACUCCCAGCAAUCAACAAAAAAUGCAGUUUGGCGCGGACGUCGAGAGAUCAGCAAAGGGGGGCCAAACUUAUCGAGGCCAUUGAGAACGCAGAUUCGGAAGACUUCCUGCAACCGCGCGUGGUGGAACUUUUGUUGGAGAAGAUCAACCAGUGUGCCGCUGGGUCUGCUCGAGCCCAGGCGUUUGCUGCAGUGUUUACUGGUCUCGGGUGUGCCGCAGAAGAAGUUGGCAUCGAGAAUGUGCUUGAGAAGGAGCGCGAGUCCUAG